AUGCCACAAAAAUACACCCUCCACCCCGCGCACCCUUCCCACUCCCGCACCCUAGCAGAAACCAUGAUCCUCUCUCGCCUCACAGACCCACACUGGGCCUUCCUCUUCACGCCCUCCACCACUCCAUCAUCCAUCAUUUCCUCGACUGCGUCCCGUCUCCCUCAUACGCUGAGUACAGCGCGGGAUGUCCGGAGACAUGAAGUUGUCCUUACCAGCACUACCCCCGGAACAGGGACCGAGAACGUGGAGCAUACUGACGAAGGUAGUGAAGAGAGAGUAAUCAGCUACGCGCGAUGGACUCUCCCUCCUUCUCUCUCCAACCGAGACGACGUAUGGCCGUCCGCACAAGUACCCGAGCCAUCUGCCCAGGAGAAAGAACAAUUCAGAAAGAUGUAUGAUCUCGGAAGCGACGAAAAGGGCAGAGUCAAGGGAAUGAAAAGCGAUGGGUUGCUAGAGUUUCGAGGGACUCCGUUAGAGGAGGUUGAGGAGAGGGUGUUGAGGGAUGUGGUGGGGGGUGAGGAGGUAUUAACCUUGGAAUACCUCACCACUCACCCCGACUACUGGAGACAAGGGGUAGGAAGUAUGCUUGUGCAGAGUGGACUACGCGUGGCGGAUCAGUACGGCAUCAAGACGUAUGUGAUGUCUGAGCCGGCGGGGUUGAAGGUGUAUUUGAAUCAUGGGUUCAGGGUUGUGGAUGAGAUUACGGUGGAGUAUGAGCAGUUUGGGGGAACUGAGCCGACGACGCAUUAUUUUUUGGUGAGGGAGGCGGUGGUUGUGAAUUGA